CCUCGCACAGAUCUGUACAACGUACUCAAAAUCUCCCGCAACGCUACAACCAAUGACAUCAAUAAGGCAUAUCGUGCCCUGAGCCUGAAGUGGCACCCUGAUCGCUGCAAGAGCGAGGAUCGCGCAAAGGCCACGAAGAAGAUGGUCGAGAUCAACCAGGCAAAGGAGAUCUUGUGCGACAAGGGGAAGAGAGAGUACUAUGAUCACUUCGGUCUG